AUGCCGGGUUUGUUGCGGAAACUCGUCAUCGUCGCCGCAGUCGACGGACUGAUUCUGCACGGACAUGGCGUAAAUGGGCCCCGCCAUAACAAUGGCAGCAAUAAUGAGGCCUCGUCAAUCCGCAUCGACUAUAGAACGAAUAAGAUCACAGCCCUGCCUGCUUCCACAGAGGAGUCACUAGAGGGUCGCGAGUAUUUGGAAGCCUACGGACUCGUCGGUCUUCUGUCCGUCGCAUCAUACUCGUUUCUUGUCUCCAUUACUCAGCGUCAACAAGUCGCGCAGAUCCAAGGCCGUCCCGUCUACGCCGUGACCAAUGUUGCGAUCAUCCCCAUCUCCUCGCAAGCAGAUGCUACCCACGCAAUUACACAGGCGCGCAAAGAAGUGUCACGCGGUGAUGCCGACCUAGACUCUGACUCCGAUGAUGAUAUCCCAGAGCAGGUUGCGGAUGGCGCGGAACCUGAAAUCGGUAGCGCGCCGACCUCGCCCAGUCGGCAGGCAGCUUUCCAUACCCGCGGUGCGAGCGUCAGCAGCAUUGCAGAAGAUGUGAUUGGAAAACGCGUUCCAUUCGGUCGCUUCGCGGCGAAUUGGCUCUCACGAAAGCCUCUGGGAUUGCCCAGGCCUGGAGCGCUGGGGCAGGAUGUACCCGAGUCGCCUUUUGAUGAUACCCCCGGGCUAGCGAGUACGGAUGCUGACUUAGAGGAAGCUGCGGAAGCGGCUUUGCCUGAAGAUCAGAAAGAUGGCUUGAAUCCUGAGGAUAAGGAUAAUCGUCCUCGCUCGGAUCAGGCGGCAGAGCUGUUGCCGAAGCUGCUGAAAUACACGAAGCUGCUUUUUGCGUCGCAUAAUUUCUUUUUUGCAUAUAACUAUGAUCUGACAAGGCCGUUUGAUGCUCAGGAAGCACGCACAGAGCAUCUUCCUCUGCAUAAAGCUGUGGAUCCAUUGUACUUCUGGAACAAACAUCUAAUGUUUACAUUCAUUGAAAAUGGCGCCCAUGGUUUCGUGAUGCCACUUUUACAGGGAUUUGUUGGCCAGCGAGAAUUCACAGUGGCCAGUCCGGAGAAAAAGCCAACAUUCGAGUCCGCAGAUGAGAAGCCGGUCGAGGCAAAGAUUCUAGGCGAGAGUCAAGAGGCAGCAUCUGUGGAAACGGAAGUUCCUAAGCGCAACUUUUUGCUGACCCUUAUUUCGCGCCGGUCUGUUAAUAGACCUGGUCUGCGUUAUCUUCGCCGCGGUGUGGAUGAUGAAGGGAAUACAGCCAACACUGUCGAGACGGAGCAGAUUCUCUCAGGCCCGGAGUGGAGCCCAUCCGACAAUGUCUACUCCUAUUUGCAAGUGCGAGGAUCUAUUCCCUUGUACUUUUCUCAAUCUCCAUACGCCUUCAAGCCCGUUCCAGUGCUGCAUCACUCUGCUGAAACGAACCAGCUUGCAUUUGGAAGGCAUAUAAGAGAUCUGAGCCGGAGAUACGGCAAGAUCCAGGCUGUCUCCUUGAUUGACAAGCAUGCGGGAGAGUUGAAACUUGGUGAACAGUAUGAGAGAUACGCCGAUGUCUUUAAUAAGGCUGGUGGGUUUGAUGGGUCGCUAAUGCGGUUGGAGUGGUUUGAUUUCCACAACGAAUGCCGUGGAAUGAAGUUUGAGAAUGUUUCUCGUCUAGUUGAUCGGGUGAAGGACACUUUGGACGAGUUCGGUUACACUAGCGUCAAAGAUGGCGUAUCGACACUCAAGCAGAGUGGUAUUGUGCGUACCAACUGUAUGGAUUGUCUUGACCGUACUGGGGUGGCUCAGUGCGCGUUUGGGCAGUGGGCUUUGGAGCGUCAGCUUCAGAAUGAGGGUAUCGCGAUUGACUUGGGUGGUGACUCGUCUACUCAGUGGUUCAAUACUCUCUGGGCAGACAACGGCGAUGCAAUCUCCAAACAGUAUUCGUCCACUGCCGCUCUGAAGGGCGACUAUACCCGCACGCGAAAGCGAGACUAUCGAGGCGCUCUCAAUGACUUUGGUCUCACUCUCUCGCGCUACUAUAACAACAUUGUCAAUGAUUACUUCUCGCAGGCUUGUAUUGACUACCUGCUGGGUAAUGUCACCCCGCAUGUCUUCGACGAGUUCUCCGUUGAACUGCAGACCACCGACCCAGGCAUUUCGGUUCAAAAGAUCCGUCAGAAUGCAAUCGACACCAGCUGCAAGAUCGUCAUCAGCAGUCCUUCCGAGGAGUUCCUAGGAGGGUGGACUAUGUUGACCCCCCGUCAACCCAAUACGCUGCGGACUCUCCCCUUCGAGGAGUCCGUCCUUCUCCUGACAGAUGCGGCAGUUUACAGCUGCCGUUUUGACUGGGAAACCGACAAAGUCCUCUCCUUUGAACGGAUCGACCUACGCUCUAUUUCCCGCAUCCAUUACGGAACAUACGUCACCUCCAUCCUGACAGAAAGUCAGUCCAACGAACGCACCAACGUAGGUCUUGUCAUUGUCUACCGCGACGGUGACGAGAACCUCCUACGUGUCAACACCCGCUCCUUGCAAAGCAACGUCCGACCCGCUGCUCUCGAGGCCUCCACUGGUUCCACCGGAGAAUGGGAUCUAGUCUCCUGGCUACGUGGCACCAAGCGCGCAACUACACGAUUUGUCGCAUUCAAAUCUCUUCCCCUAACGAAUGCAGGGACUAGUCCUCGCCUCGGGCCCACGACGGGUAAUGUUCGCGAGCUUGAUCGAGUUCGCUCUAUUUGUCUAGAAAUCGAACGUGCGAUGCUCGCUGGUGAUGGACAGAACACCGAUGCAGCAUCUGUGGUUGAGAAGUCUGAUAUCAUUUCUUUGGCUGAUGCGAAGAAACGUACUGGAAUCUUGGAGUAUUUGGUCUAUGAUAUCAAGAAGAUGGUUUGGGCGUGA